GUUCACGUCCCCACCCCGCUCGCACGGUCCUUUCUGCACUGUCAUCUGCCCCCGUGAGGCUCAAGUCCGAAGUGGGGCCGUCUGAAACGAGCCGGACCACAAGCCGGACUCCACCCAGCAGGGAGGGAAAGGAAAACAGACUGGGCUGAAUACCGCACCUCACCACCAGCAGCGGAGCUCCAAGGUCCUCCGCUGAAGAACCAUCCAGACUCUGAUGUCGAGGUGAACUUAGAUUACUCCUGGGCGAGGUCAGUGUGUGGGAACGCCAGCUUCCCCCCACUCCCCAUUUUUCUCCCUCUUGAUAUAGCCCGAACAUGGGCAACGUGCAGGAACGGCCAUCGGAGAUCAUUGACCGGGAACGGAAACGGCUGGUAGAUACCUUGCAGGCUGAUUCUGGGCUGCUGCUGGACGCGCUGGUGGCCCGGGGCGUGCUCACCGGGCCUGAGUAUGAAGCCUUGGAUGCGCUGCCUGAUGCAGAACGCAGGGUGCGCCGUCUGCUGCUGUUGGUGCAGAGCAAGGGCGAGGCAGCCUGUCAGGAGCUACUGCGCUGUGCCCAGCUUACCGUGCGUGUGCCAGACCCUGCCUGGGAUUGGCAGCACGUGGGGCCUGGCUACCGGGACCGCAGCCAUGACCAUUCAUGCUCGGGCCACUGGACGCCCGAGGUACCCAGUUCAGGGACCACAUGUCCUGGGCUACCCAGAGCUACAGAGCAAGAGGAGGUUGGAGGUCCUGAGGGCUCUGAGGCAGUGCAAUCUGUAACUCCAGAGGAGCCCGAACUAGAUGCUAAAGUCUCUGAAGGGGACGAGCCGGACCCGGAAAAACAAAUGGAACCGGAGCCAGAGCCAGAGGUAGAACCAGAGCCUGAACUAGAGGCGGAGCCAGAGCCGGAGCUGGAGCCCGAGCCUGAGCCGGAGCCCGACUUCCAAGAAGAGGACGAGUCUGAAGAUUCCUGAAGGCCAGAAUCCUGACCUGUACAAAUCCUACCGAAGCUGGGUAAGACCAGGGAACCUGCCAGAGCUUGACCCAAUGAAUACACCAAGACUCUGUUUACUGCAAAAUGAAUAAACUCGGGAGGGUUAACCUGGACCCGACUCUCCACAAGUCUGGCUCUGCUCAGGAGGGCGUGUGGGUUGGAGUCCCACUGACCUGAGCAGCUUUGUGUGAAACACCCCAUCCACGCAACCACAUUUCACCCCCGAAAUAGUCCAAACUAUUUCUGGAGGUCUCAGACCCAGGCCCCUAAUGGAAUCUGGCCCCCGCCCCACUGCUCUCUUUCCCUUCAGGGAGCCAGUCCGGAGCCUGCCUUGGCAACC